UUUCGGAGACGGUAGAGACAGUCUUUCUGUUAUAUAAUUACCGAUACAUUUUGAAGCGCUGAGUUUGGUUCCGUGCAUGUAACCUAUAGAGCUCUGACAGCGGCGCGUGUUGACGGUUGGAACAAAAACGGAAAAUAAAAUUGACCCAACAUGAGAAGAACAGGCUGCUGGACGAAGUUUUUAUCCGUAUUUUCUUUUGUUUGACUCGCAGUUGCCACUUUAAAACAGACUGUUAGUCCCUCCUGUGUCGCAUGAAAUAGAAAAUGCGUCGCUUUUGAACUUCAUCUCCAAAAGUGGAUGUGAUCAUCAGCAGUCAGGUUUCAUUGUCCAUAAGUGGGGAGCAGCCCAUGGACCUAAGUGUCACCCAGAGGUUGUUGCAUUCAGUUCCAGAUUCGGCCAUGCUGGCCCCCCGCCCUCCCUUCUUUUCGGGACCCAUCACUGCUCAGCAUUGCUCCCAGUUUUCCCAGCAACGCUUGCAGUAUAACAUUGAACAAAGGCAAAGAGAGAUGGAGGAGGAGAAAAGAGAAGAGCUGCAACAACUGAUACGAAAGAAUAAAAAUGAGCAGAGUGCUGUAGCCAGUCCCCUGGUAAGGCAGAAACUUCGGGAACAUAUAAUUAUGAAGAACCAGCCCACCCAUGAUAGGGUUACUCCCAACCACACCAGUCCUACUUCAGGAUACAGGUUACCGGUUCCUGACAUGUCCCCAAAUCCUCAGCCUACACCCUGCGAGCAGCGUAAGGACCUCGCCCUGCGCAGGACAGUCUCUGAGCCCACUCUGAAGUGGAAGUUGAAGAAGCUGAUCAGUACAAGGCCAAACCCACUGCAGCGUAAGAUCAGUGCCCCUCCUGCUGUCAAGCACAGGACAGAAACUCUGGACUCCUCCCCCAGCAGCAGCAGCACCCCAGCAUCAGGGUGCAGCUCACCCAAUGACAGCCUCCAUUCAGAUAAUGGGGCCCUUCCAGUGGCUCAUGAGGUACAGAGGUUGCUGCUGAAGGAUGGUAGUUUGGCUCAUUUCACCUUGCCUCCCAACCCCACUGCCAUGCACAACAUCACGGCUGGACUUCCAGCCCAGGCUGACAUGCAAGUAGCCAGGCCAUUGGCAGUAUCAGGUCUGCAUCAGGUCUACUUGCCUGUGGAAGGAAACAGUCAAGCCUUGGCCCAGCGCCUGCAGCCUGUGCUCAUACUGGAACCACAUACUGGACUGGUGCACUCCCAGUUUGUCUCUUUUCCUCUGCAGCAGCAGCAGCCUCACCUGUCCUCCCCCUCCAGAAGAGAAGGCGUAGUCAACUUGCCCUUGCACAGACCCGUGGAGCGAACACGCUCAGAGCCACCGCCCUACAGCCACUCACCCUUCACUCUGCAUGCCAGCCAGCACUCACACACUCAGCACCAGCUGCUUCAGCAAUACUACAAGAGCGGGCUGGAGAGGUUCAAGCAGAAUGCACACCUGAGCAAGCCAAUGAGCAAGUCCAUUGAGAAGCCUCGUCUGACACAGAUCCCAUCAGAGGACAUGGACCUGGAGGAGAUUGGAUCAGGAUCUGGUUCGGGACCAGGGUCUGUGUGCGGCUCCGAAACAGGCUCAGUGUGUGAGGAUGGCCAUCGCAGGAGACAGAGCACUGCAAGCACAGACUCAGUUUAUGGCACAGAGUCCACAACCUCCUCACGGGAGAGCUUGAUCGAGCCCGGUCAGAGGCAGGUGAUCCUUAGAGCAGGUCUCCAGCUGGACCCCCUGAGUGUGCCUGCCCUAAUUUGGCCUCACCAGCCUCUGGUUCGGACCCGGUCUUCCCCAGCCUCCACCUCCCUGCCUCCUCCACAUCCACCCACCACCAUACCUUCUCUGUCAUUAUCCAGCCCUACUGCAGAUGUCCAGCUACGUUUCACCACCGGUCUGGUUUAUGACGCCCAGAUGCAGAAGCACCAAUGUACCUGUGGUGACAACAGCCGCCACCCUGAGCAUGCUGGGAGGGUCCAGAGCAUCUGGUCUAGACUGCUUGAAAGAGGCCUCAGGAACCAGUGUGAGCGUAUCCGCAGUAGGAAGGCCACUCUAGAAGAGCUGCAGUCGGUCCAUUCAGAGAAACAUGUGCUUCUGUUCGGCACCAACCCUCUCAACCGCCUCAAGCUGGACAACCGAAAGCUGGCUGGAAUCCUAUCUCAACGAAUUUUUGUGAUGUUACCAUGUGGAGGAGUUGGGGUAGAUAUCGAUACAAUCUGGAAUGAACUUCACACAUCAGCAGCUUCCCGUAUCGCUGCAGGAUGUGUCACAGACCUGGCACUGAAAGUCGCACAAGGAGAGCUGAAGAAUGGCUUUGCUGUGGUGAGGCCCCCUGGACACCAUGCAACCCAGUCCUCCCCUCAGGGCUUCUGUUUCUUCAACUCUGUGGCCAUUGCUGCCAAGCAACUCCAACACAAACUCAACGUCAGCAAGAUCCUCAUCGUUGACUGGGACGUUCACCAUGGCAACGGCACCCAGGAAGCUUUCUAUAACGACCCAAGUGUGCUGUACAUCUCUCUACACCGCUAUGACGAUGGCAACUUCUUUCCUGGUAGUGGACAUCCCAGUGAGGUGGGUGCAGGUGCAGGCGAAGGCUUCAAUGUGAAUGUAGGGUGGACAGGAGGUUUGAACCCGCCCAUGGGAGAUGCUGAGUACCUGGCUGCAUUCAGAGCCGUGGUGAUGCCCAUUGCCCACGAGUUUUCCCCCGAUGUAGUGCUGGUGUCAGCUGGCUUUGAUGCUGUUGAAGGACAUUCGUCAUCACUGGGAGGCUACAAGGUCACAGCCAAGUGUUUCGGCUUCCUCACCCGUCAGCUCAUGUCACUGGCUGGUGGUCGGGUAGUGCUGGCUCUGGAGGGGGGGCAUGACCUCAAAGCCAUCUGUGACGCCUCUGAAGCCUGCGUCAGUGCCUUGUUGGGCAUGGAGGUGGAGCCACUGUCCCAGUCCGUCUUGGACCAGAAGCCUUGUGAAAACGCUGUCCAGUCACUGCAGAGAGUCAUCCAGUUUCAGGGUGAAUACUGGCAGAGUGUGAAGGAUUCGGCCGCCACUGUGGAUCUGUCCUACCUGCAAGCCCAGAGACGACGGCUGAGACGAGACUCGGACAGCGAGGCCAUCAGCGCCAUCGCCGCAUUGUCGAUGGGAUCUCUCAUGUCUGACAGGAAACAGCCAGAUAAACUGACAGAGAAAGGUGAUUCUCUCUGAAAAAAAUAUUCUCUUGACAGCUGCGUUCAACCAAGUCUCAAUGGACACACACACUCACUCACUCACUCACUCACUCACUCACACAUGCACACACACACACACAGAGCUAUACAUUUGGACCAUCAGUGGAACCAGAUGUCCUCCUCAGUUCAACCACUGUAUUCAUCGCCUCACAGAAACUCCUCCACCUGCAUUACUACUGGCUGCAGUACUACUGGAUCAACCACUCUGAUUCGAACACACACUGAGCAACAGCAGACCUGGACACCUGGACAACAUUCAUAUUCUCAUGACGCCUCCACAGGCUCUUCCUGAAGGGGAUGUCACACACUGGACUGAGAGAAAGUUGAACAGAAAGACAGCCAGAGGCAGACUAAUGAAGGAUGUUCACUCCUGUAGCAUUUGGAGCUGCCAGCAUGACGUAGCACGAACACACAGCUCUGUGACUUUAAACAUUCACCUUGUUAACGUCUCCCACGAGACCUGCGCGUGACCACUCGGACUGUUGUAACCUUGAAGCAGGGGGGCCAGAGGUCAUCUCGGCUUACUGGAGCCAAUCACUCAGAGCGGAAGGAGUCGUCCCCACAGGACGUGCCUGUGAAGGAGAGCAGACACAUCCGCGCUGCACUUAAAACGUGUCCUGCUAUGAUGAUGUCAUUUGUCUGCAGCUGACAAAGAUCCAAUGAAGGAAAAGAUCUUCUCUGAUCAUUUUUUUUUUUUUUUGCACUGUACCGUUCUGUAAUGGUAAUGUGAAAUAGACAAGAUGGAGAAGACGGAUAUUGACAAUCAAACAUCUCGUUUGCUCAUAUUUUGAAUUAAUUUGAAUAUUCAUUCAUUUGACCUAUGACACACAUUUCUGUGAAUGUCAGCAUGAGAUUUUUUUUUUGUUUACGAAUCCAGUAAUCCAGAGUGAAGCUACAGUGAAGUCUGAGAUACAUAUGUUUCAUAUUGUUUUGUAUGUCCACAUAUUUUCUUAAAUCUUUCUUCUUUUUUUUUUUCUUCUUCUUGGCCUGUCAGGCGAGCACAUGCAGCAAGGCUCUAGAUGGCUGCAGUUAUUGUUAUUGCUCGCGGACAGAUGAAAGAAGAGAAGAAGAGCAUCUUAAAUGUAUAGACAUACUGUAGUUUGUAUCUGUGGCAUUAGUCACAAUGAUGAGCUAAUACCUCUAGUCACUGGAGCAUCGAUAUCAGGGGAGAAAGUUGUCACUCUCAAAGAGAUUUUAUACAUGUCAGCAAAGACAGAAUUCACCCAUGAUGCCUCAGUGCAGCUUGACCACUCAGAAAUGAUUGUAUAUAAAAAUGCAGAUCACGUCUUCUCUGUCAGGAGGUUGAUUUUGACAUCUUGGAUGAGACUCACAUCCAAAGCCACAUGGACUUUAUGACAAUCACACACACAAAGUGCACUUAAAAUGCCCUCAGGAUGGGAGGGUCAGAAUGACUUUGGUCUUAAACUUUGAACUUUGAUCAUGUUUGUUAAGUGGACCAGUGUUUCUACCUGUGGAUGAGCAUUCCUGCUGUAUUUUGUAAAUUUAUUUUAUACAUUUCUUUCUUUUGUAACAAGGAUAAAGUGAGCUGUCCUUUGUUCGUCAUUUUAGAAGUGCUGUUCUGUUUAUUGUCAGCAGGAUGCUGGGAUGUUUUGCUGCCCGGACCAAACAAGGACAUUUUAGCAGUUAGGAUGGAGCAAUAAUACUGAGAUAGUUGAAUAUCCACACAAUGCAAUUGGACACAGGUUAAGCGCAACCAAAGUUUAUGAGAACAAUGUGCCGUCCCUGGACUGGCAUGGCUUAAAGAACUUCAAAGACUUUCAAGAGUUUGUGAAUGUUUCUUUUUUCUAUCCAAACAGUUGAACAGCACCAAAAGCACAGGAUGGAUAUAUAAACAAAUUCAUUUCUCAAAAAAAAAAAAAAAACCUACAUGACUUCUAUUUAUACUUUCAGAUUCUGUCUUUGAAGUGCUCUUUGCAUGUGUAACACACUUUUGAUGGUGCUAUAGGUUAUUUUUUAAUACAGUAUGUUUGCUCUUUUUUUUUCUUUCUUUAUGUUGCGUGAUGUAUGCAACUCAAAGCCUGUCAAACCUUUGCUGAUCUAAUGCAAAUGUGAAAACACAUGACAGCAAGAGAAAACGGAGCCGUUUCAGCUCCAGUCCUUCAGAGGAGCGUCACUUUACGUAGCGUCACGAGCGCGUUCAUGAGAGUGACCUUACACAUCUCAUGUCUUAUCUUUUGUCUUAAUGACUUAUUUUUGUAUUUGAUCUGAGAAAUUAAUCCCAUGCGUAUGUAGAGACCAAAUUAUCAGCCCAUGUGCCUUGAAGUAUCAAGCUGACCAAUCUGUAUGAAGGUAGCAUCAACAAACGGGAUCUUAAUUAAAACUGCAGGCCAAGUCCAGUUUUAUCAGAACUGACUGAUUUUUUUCUGUACAGUGUACAUAAUGACUUAUUUUGUUUUUUGUCUUUUUCUACCACUUUUGUUUCCA